AUGACCUCAUUAGCUUUGAAAAAACAAUUAGUGUUCUACAAACUCUAUCAUACUAACAAGCUAAAUGUGCUUGUACACUGCAUAUUUGUUCCGCUGAUUUUAUUUUCUACGUUAUGUAUUUUAAAUGAUGUGAAAUUGUAUGUGGUUUCCUAUAACGCAAGCGAUUUGUUAGCGUUAAUUUUGGCAACGACUUAUGUGCUAUUGCACUUUAAAGUUGGGCUCUUAGCAUCCUGCAUGCUUGGCGUUCUAACGUAUUUGUUGCGCGCUAAUAAAAUGAUCAUCUCGCAGAAGACUGCUUGGUCAAUUUUUGUUUUAUCGUGGAUUGCUCAAUUCUUGGGACACGGGGUCUUUGAAAAGAGGAAACCAGCUUUGUUGGACAGUUUGUUCCAGAGUCUGGUAAUAGCGCCAUUUUUCAUCCUCUUUGAGUACCUUUUCAUUCUCGGAUUUUUACCCGACUUAAAUAAGGAGAUACAAAUGUUCGUAACUGAGACGAUAAAAGGAUCAAAACAUGCCCAAGAUCGCAGCAAACCUAAAUCAAACUAA